AUGGCAUCUAAAACUGUGGUUGCCUUUGAUCUCUACGGCACUCUCUUGUCAACCGAGUCCAUCGCAUUGGAGCUGGGACAACGCUUGGACUCGACCAAGGCACACGCUAUAUCCACCCUCUGGAGACGAUACCAGUUGGAAUAUACAUGGAGGCUCAAUAGCAUGGAACUCUACGAGGACUUCUCAAGCGUCACCCGAAACGCCUUGCUUCAUGCACUUGCCGAAAACAACGAGCAACUGAGCGACGUGGGCAUUGCAGAUCUCAUGGAGGCGUAUGACCGUCUGUCUACGUUUCCCGACGUAAAUCCGGCGCUCAACCGAAUUGCAGCGGAUCCCACAAUACACGCGGUAGUUUUCUCUAACGGGUCUCAGACCAUGGUCUCUAACUCAGUGAUGAGGUCCAAAGAUCUCGCGUUACAUGCCGGUGUAUUCCAGGACCUGGUGACGGUCGACGAGAUCCAACGAUACAAGCCAUCGCGCGCCAGCUACCAGCACCUUGCACAAAAGGUCGGCAAGCAGCCAUCCGAGAUGAGUGAGCUGUGGCUCAUCAGUGGAAAUCCGUUUGACAUUGUCGGGGCGCGAAGCAUGGGCAUGCACGCGAUUUGGGUCGACCGCGCACGCCGAGGAUGGCAAGACGCGGCGGCCCCAGAACUACAGCCAUCGGCGAUUGUACAUAGUCUCGAGCAGAUCGUGGAAGAGAUCCAGGGUCGUCGGAAGAGGUGA